GACCCGAGGAGUCACAGCGACAGAAACCGUCCGAGAAGAAGCUGAGGAUUGUGGAUUUGCAGACGGUCUUCUUCUUCUCCUCCUUCUCCUUCUCCUUCUUCUUCUUCUUCUUCAUCUUCUUCGUCUUGUCCUCCUGUGGGACGGCAGGAUGUUUGGCUCCGUGCUGCUCUGCUGUCUGUCCUUGAGUCUCCUGCGUCUCUCGUCCUCGUUGGUCCAUGGAAACAUCCAGAUGGACGACACGUCCUACCUGUCUGACAACGCAGAGAGAAGCCACGCCCCCGGCCCCGUGCACGACCCCGCCCUCGACUCAAUGGAGGAUCGCUUCCUGAUGGACCCAGUGUCCUACGAUGAGGACUCCUUGGCCGCCCUGCAGCUGCAGGGUCGGGCCAUGCGCUCGCCGCGGCGCUGCAUCCCCCACCAGCAGUCAUGUCUGGGUUACCCGCUGCCCUGCUGCGACCCCUGUGACACCUGCUACUGCCGCUUCUUCAAUGCCAUCUGCUACUGCCGCCGGGUCGGACACGCCUGCCCCACCCGACGCACCUGAGGCGCACAAAUGCUUCUCCUGUUACCUGUUGGAUACUCGUUGCUUUUUGUGUAAUAAACGGCUGCUGAGGAAAUUUAUAUAAU